UCUGCUUUAUACGGUCGUCCCGGUCUCCUCGCCGAUCAAGAAAGCGGUGGGGGAAGCAAGAUGAUGCAGAGCCACGCGAGCCCGAUCCCACCAUCUCCGGCCAGACUCGGCAUCACCGCCACAUCCCCCUCCCUCCCCCCCAACCCCAUCCCAAACCCUACUCCUAACCCUAACCCUAAACCUUCCCCGCCAUCCUCCUCCUCGGCUGCCGGUCAGUACACCGCCGCCACCUCCUCCGCCCUACUCUCCCUUCUCCCCCCGCUCCCCCGUGCCCAGGCCAUCCUCCCCCAGAUGGCUGCCCUCGCCUCCAAGCUCUUCGACCUCUCCCCCCACCGCUCCAUCUGGCUCGCCUCCUACCGUGGCAACCCCCCCAACUUCUCCAAAGAGCUCAACUCUUCCGCCGCCGCCGCCACCGCCACCGCCACCGCUACUCCCGUCCCUGCCUCCACCAAGGAUCUCAUCUCGCUCUUUACCACUCUGCAGACCCAGCUCUUCGAGGCCGUCGCCGAGCUCCAGGAGAUCCUCGAUCUCCAGGACGCCCGAGUCAAGGUCGCCCGCGAGAUCCGCGCUAAAGACUCCGCUCUCCUCUCCUUCACCAAGAAGAUCCGAGAAGCCGAGCAGGUCCUCGACCACCUCAUCGACGACUACUCCAACUACCGCCGUGAUCCCAAGCGCCCCAGAAUUGAACAAGAUGACGAAUCCAAUUACUCCAUGUCUCUCCACUCUUCAUUGGAUUUGGAGGAGAUCUUGUCCUACGCCCACCGGAUUAGCUAUACUACCUUCGCCCCGCCGGAACAUGGGGCAGGGCUCGCCCCGCUCCGUGGGGCCCUGCCACCAGCACCGCAGGAUAAUGAGAUGCGGGCAUCACAGCUGUAUCACUUUGCUGACCUUGAUGUCGGGCUGCCGAAGAAGGCAGCACCGGAGGCGAAGGAGAGGGCGGCAGCUGAUGCUGUCACGGAGAUCCUAUUGCAGCCAACUCCACCAAGGGAGGAUGUGCCCGUGGCAAUGCUGCCACCUUUGCUGCCUAUUGCAGUGCCACCCGGAUGGAGGAAGGGAAUGCCGGUGGAGUUACCAAGUGAACUCCCACCUGUUCCUCCUGGAUGGAAGCCUGGGGAUCCAGUUACAUUGCCAUUGGAUGGAGUUAUGGUUGGUAAUAAAGGGGAUGAACAACAGAUGCCGGGUGUUCCUGGAGUGCUGGUGGGGCAGCCAAAGGCACCAGAGGCAAUACAGGUCAAGUAUGUGCAGCUUGAUAUCAAUCCGGAUCAGGAUGAUUAUAGUAGUGACUAUAGCAGUGAAGUGGGAAGCUCAGAGGAAGAUGAGGACUGAAAAUUUGUGGUAAAACUUCAUGUUUUGCUUGUUCUCAUGGGUUAGGGAUUUCAGCUGCCAUCUGCCUCUGGAAUUUCAUGCUUUUUGUAUUUUUCUUUAACAUGUUUUUUGGGCUUAAAUCUGUAGUAACUUACUUAAUGUGCCAAAUUCCUUCUUCGGUAUUGAAGAACCUUUUUUUCA